UAGAAACCGGAAGUACAAGAAAAAGCUACAGCAGAGCAGAACCAAAACAAAGUGAAGCUGCUAAAACUAUUCCCAACUUCCCUGAGAGUCAAAAAUGGACAGUGUAAAUACACAUUCAAUGAGUAACGAGUCAAGAUGCGUAUUCUUUAAUACACAUUCAGAAGACUAUCGAUGCGUGGUGAUUUUAACAGUGAAACGAGCCACAGGCACAAUCUCCUUAGCAGGAUGUCUUUUCAUGCUGUUUGUGAUCUGGCUGCUCCGCAGAUAUCACUCUUUGGCUCAGAAGAUGAUUCUCAGCCUGACCGUAGCCGCCUUUUUUGAUAGCGUUGCAUAUGUCAUGGGUGAGUCACAUCCAGAGGGAUCUCUUUGUGACUUCCAGGCCUGGUGGCUAACUUACUUUGAUUGGAGUGCCUUGGCCUGGGUUUGCCUCAUCACUUUGAACCUGUACUUCAACCUGGUCCGAGAAAUAAGCACCAACAGAUAUGAGAUGUUGUACCAUCUGAUGGCGUGGGGGGUGCCUCUGGUCAUGGCCUCUUUACCACUGCUAAAGGGUUACUACGGCCCCGCGGGAGCCUGGUGCUGGAUCACAGACGAUCACGUAGCCUGGAGAUUUGGGAUAUGGUACGUGCCUUUGUUCAGCCUCAUCUUUCUGAUGAUCUGCUGCUACGCCAGGAUCAUCUACGUGGCCAACAACAGGUUGCAGUCAUGGUUAGGAACCUUCAACCCAGAGCGGGAGAGACGAAAGGUUUCCUUGGCUGAGGAGAUCAAGCCAUUGAAGUGGUAUCCGUCCGUUUACCUGCUGGUGUCCAUCUUUCCACUAAUCAACAGGCUCCAUAACGCCGUCUACCCACAGGAUCCAUCCUUCUCGCUCACCUUGUUGCACGUCCUGUCAGCGCCACUUCACGGUUUGGCCAAUGCAUUUGUCUUCGGCCUGGAUAGGGACUGGUGGAGUCUACUGAGCCCGACAGGCAUGCAGCUGGCUCUGCAGUCGAGGCUGUGUGACAGGACUCGGAUCGGAGAGUACCACCCUGGGGCGGUGCGCUACACACAGGCUGACCUGGUCGACCUCAGCGAUGACGACGACGACGAUGACACCAACGUGCUCUUCUUCUCUCCUGACAUGACCCUGAAAGGCCGAGGGCCCUGAGAGAGAGAGAGAGAGAGAUGGACGGACGGAGAGAGACAGAGAGAGAGGGAGAUAAAAGAGCUGGAGGGACAAAACACGAAGGAGGAGGGUCGCAGCCAGAGAGAAACGCCGCAGAUUAGAAACGGAGAGGAAGGAAAAAAAGAGGUAGGGAGGGAAUGGAAGGGAAGAUUGGGGGGACAGUCAGGCAGAUAGAAGCCGGAGAUGAGCUGUCAGGUUCCAUUAUUAAUCCUCAUCCUUUACUAUUUAAUAUCCUAAAGACACACUCACACACAGAGGCACACAUGCUGCGCCGAGCAGCGGCUCCCUGCAAUACUAUCAUCCGAGAGGAGCGAGAAGGGAGCGGCUCUAAAGACCCUUGUGAUGUUAAAGACGUCGACUGCAUCCCAAAGGUCCUAAAAUGAUUUCCCUUGCUGCGUCACCUUCUCGAUUCCUUGUAUUCGUCGCCUGUAUUUUGGCAAACCACCGAAAAAAACAAAGAAAAAAACACAUAAAGGACUUCUGAAAGGCAAUCAUAACAAGAUGUUGGUUUAGCAUUCGCAGCAAUUACCUUUUCACUUCUCUGCAGGAGAUUAGGUGAAAAGCAGGCCUUUUUUAAAAAAAGCCCCCCGUGUGUCAGACAUGAAAGUGUCUACAACUACACUUAGAUUGAUCCCAGCACUGAACAACUUCUCUGCCGAUGAGACGGAGCGGUGGAAAUACCGAGGGCGGGUUUUUAAAAACUGUAAACAUUACCUGGUAGCACACACACACACACACACACCCACACACACACACAAAAAGUCCCAAAACACCAGCGUCUCCUUCCUCAGACAGUAUUUGGUUUGUUUUUUCUCUUUGUAUACGACUUGUAUGUUCCUGCUAUUGCAACUUUCGCAAGUAUUUCUUUGACUGUUGUUUUGUAUUUUUUGUUUUUGUUAUUUUUUUUACGAAAUACUAAACUUGUUUCUGGUAUUUAUAACAGAUGAACGCACUGUAUAUAUUUAAGUGUACACUCUAUUUUUGUACGUGCCUUGGACUUGAAAUGUGAAGAAAAGGGCUUCUCUCACGUGACGGUCGAGCAGAGCCUGACUCAUUUUGUAUCCUUUAGAACAAAAAAAACCUGGUUAUUAGUCAAAUAAACACACACACACACACACACACAGACACGUAGACACACAGGCUUCUCUUUAAGGUCCCUGUCAAAAAGCCGGGUCGGAAAGAGAUGACACGCUCGGCAGCCGCGACACAGCAGCAGCCUCUGAUGGUUCAUCAUCAUCUCACCAUCUGUGUCAGCGGCACUGAGGGGACUUCGCCGAGGUGUGAUUGGCAGGAUAAUCGAGUCACUUUAUAUUCAACCCAGGCCCCCUGUUUUUUGGUUUUCCCCCACCCCACCCCCCCCUCACAUGUGUAGGGUGGUUUCAUCACUGUUGGUGCGCACUGCCUGCUGUCAGCCACCUCUCCGACAAGUUGAACUAAUGAACCGACACUUGACCCUUUUUACCCUUGAGUUGUUGAACUUUUCUGCCGGGCGUCAGUGACGCCAUGAGUGCAACUCUGAGCUUACAGUUCACAUAGGCCCGCCACCGAAUGACACACACACACACACACACACAGACACAGACACAGACACACACACACACACACACACACACAGACACUCAUUUGCGGUGUGCCCCUACCCCUCUUUUGGCACUGUUGCUCGUUUUACUUGACUGCACACUCCAUCAAAUAAAUGAGCAGGAGAGACAUUUCAUAACAAA